AUGGAAUCCCUCCCGUCUUCAACCAAUACUGAACGUAGGAAGCGUAAGAAAACAAAAUGGGAUGAUCCCACAUCAAAUACAACCACUAAAUUUUCCACAUUCGGGUUUGAUUCAUCUGGUUCCUCAGCUCUCGCUAUACCUGCAGCUGAUUUGGAUCCCGAAGCGGAGAGGAGGCACAGACGCCUAUACAUUGGUAAUGUUCCAGCAGGUUCAUCGCAAUCGGAUAUAGUCGCAUUCCUAAAUGGAGCUUUGCUCACAGUACUUUCCAAUACUGGCAUGCCGGCCACUCCUGCCGACACUCCAAUUACCAAAUGCGAAUCGUUCAAUUCAGAAAAUAGAUUCUGUUUCAUCGAAUUGAGAAAUGUGGAUGUGACUCUUGUAUGUUUGAAGAUGGACGGGAUAAAUUACAACGGUAACGCACUUAAAAUCUCUCGACCCUCAGAUUAUGUACCCCCGAGUAACAAUGAAUUGGCAACACAGAUGCAGCCGACCAUUCAACAACCACCAAGGGGCUUCACAAUGGCACUGCAAGUCUUCAAGUUACACAUACAAAACAUUCCAACUACAAUGGCAGAAGAUGGGGUAUUGGAACUAGUCAAAGAGUUUGGGGAUGUAAAAUAUGUAUACAUAAUCAAAGAUACUACUGGACAACAUAAAAACACAGCAUUUGUGGAGUUCAAAGAUUCUGUAAGUUUGGAACCAGCGUCCAAGGCCUUGACUGGCAAGGAAGUCGAAGGGCAAAGUUUGACUGCAAAAAUUGUGACUAGUAACCAGGCAGAUACCCUAGCCUCUUUAGCAGCAGGCAAAUACAAUUUAGGCGCUACCCACCUCUCCACUUCGAUUUCCCGUAAAAUUUUGAGUGAUCCGUUGCUCUCCAUUGGCGUACAGAGUGGGAGAAAGAUUGGAGCCACUGUAUCAACAGUGGUACAACUACUAAACAUUGUAUUCCAUGAGGACUUAAUAGAUGACGAUUCUUACCAAUCGUUGUUGGAGGAUAUACGAAAGGAGGCAAAAAAGUAUGGGACGCUAGAGGAUAUUGUGAUACCCAGGCCUAACCUGGAUAAAACUUUUAACGAAGGGGUGGGAAAGGUGUUUUUGCAAUUUGCCGACGAACUUAGCAGUCGCAAGGCGCAAUACAUGCUAAACGGGCGUAGAUUUGACGCGAAGCGCGUAGUAUGUGCCGCGUUUUAUCCAUUAGAUAAAUUUCUGGAAAAGACAUAUGUGCUUAUGUAA